GGAGUUCCAACUUUUCAACAAUAUUCAACACUCACACACAAAAGGAGAAUACAAAAAAGAGUUUGAAGUCUUUUCUUUUUGGUAUAAUAUUCAAAGAUGAGGAGUAGUAGUGAUUCAAAUAUGAGAGGUUCAAAGAAGAAGGUGUCAUCCAAAAAGCUAGGAGGCUAUCUCAAAGAGCAAAAGGGAAGAUUAUACAUAAUUAGAAGAUGUGUUGUUAUGCUUCUUUGUUGGCAUGACUAAAUCAUUGUUGAUAGAGCAAAUGCACUCAAAGAUCCUCAUGAGCAUGUUCAAGCUUAUGAUGAUGAUGAUGAGAAAUUAAGGGCUAUGCAUUUUGCUUUGUCAUUCCCUUUUGUAAAUAGCAUAGAAAGAAAUGUUUGAGACAAUUUUCCUUCACAUCAUGCCUCAAUAGUUGAUGUACGGUUUCUUAGUUUAAAUCAAUUAAAGUUUGUUAGACAA